AUGUCGGGGCACCAGAGAAGACCUAGCAUGGCAGAGAAUUUGACACCAGAGCAAAUCAAAGAGCUCAAGGAAGUCUUCAACGUCUUCGACAAGGAUGGAAACGGCAAUAUCACAGUCGAUGAACUGGGCGAAGUCAUGCGCUCUCUCGGCCAGGAACCUUCUCAAACCGAACUCGAGGACAUUCUCAAUGAAAUCGACAAGGACGGCUCUGGCUCAAUUGAGUUCGACGAGUUUCUCUCGAUGAUGGGUCGCAAGGUCCAGCAAGCAGACAGCGAGUCCGAGUUGAGAGCAGCUUUCGCAGUCUUCGACAGAGAUGGCAGUGGUACCAUCUCCGCCGAGGAAUUGAGAAACGUCAUGAAGAGCAUUGGCGAAAACCUGUCUGACGCCGAGAUUGAUGAGAUGAUCAAGGAAGCAGAUGCCAAUGGAGAUGGUAACAUUGAUUACGACGAGUUCGUAAAGAUCAUGAGUGCUUAA